UAAUUAAAUAUUAAACCCUUGCAUCACUCCAAUGAUCUCCCCAAAUCCAAUCCAAAAAUCAAAUCCCCCCACCCUCUCCCUCCCCUCCUAUUUAUCCCCCCUCUCCGUCCAAACGGACCAAAGCCUACAAACUGGAGGAGAAGAAAAUCCAACAUCGCAUUUAAGCUAAAAAAAAGGGAAAAACUCCACGUAGAGAGAGAGAGAGAGAGAGAGAGAGAGAGAAUCCAGUCUCGGCGUUAAUGUUGUAGCAGAUCUCGAAGCCCUACCUUCUCUCUUCAAGAACAGGUUUUUCCAUUUCAAGAACCGUUCUUGGACCGACUUCGGCCCUACCUCUGAUCCAUUCCUUCAUUCUUUCGAUUCAUUCCGGUACACUCGGUUCGAAGAAGCGCAAUAACAUUUUCCCCCUUCGAAAAUCCGAAAGUGCUUGAAUACUUUCGUUCCUCGAUUCAGUUCUUGCUGUUCAAUAAUCAAUGGCCGUGUAGUUAAUACUUGCGAGGCGUGGAUGGACGAUCGAGGUGGAUCGUUUGUAGCUGUUAGGAGGAUCUCUCAACAAGAUCUCAACCGAGGCCAUUCCACUUCUUCUGCUGAAGUUGUAGCAGGAUCAGCAGCAUGGCUUGGCAAAGGUCUUUCUUGUGUUUGUGUCCAAAGUAGAGAGGGUGAUGCUCGUCCAUCAUUUGAUUUGACUCCUGUCCAGGAGGAGUGCUUACAAAGGCUACAGAACCGUAUAGAAGUUGUAUAUGAUAGUUCAAGUCCAGAACAUCAGGAAGCUUUGAGGGCUUUGUGGGAUGCUGCCUUUCCCGGAGAAGAACUUUGUGGUUUGGUAUCUGAACAGUGGAAGGCAAUGGGUUGGCAAGGAAAAGAUCCAUCCACAGACUUCAGGGGUGGUGGUUUUAUAUCGCUGGAGAACUUGUUGUACUUUGGUAGGAAUUUCCCGAGGUCAUUCCAGGAUCUUCUCCUAAAGCAGGAUGGUGACAGGGCCAUGUGGGAAUAUCCAUUUGCUGUCGCUGGUGUGAACAUCACUUUCAUGCUUAUUCAGAUGCUUGAUCUUGAAGCAGUAAAGCCACAAACAAUGCUAGGAGCAACUUUUUUGAAGUUUCUUGCAGAAAACGAAUCAGCAUUUGACCUUCUGUAUUGCAUAACGUUCAAGUUGAUGGAUCAUCAAUGGCUCACCAUGCGUGCGUCGUACAUGGACUUCAAUGCGGUGAUGAAAGCUACUCGUCGUCAGCUGGAAACAGAGCUUCUGCAGGAAGGCAUAAAACGGCUUGAAGAUCUGCCGUCAUAUAACCUUCUCAAGAGAUACUGAGAGAGAUUUAGGGCAAUAUGUUCAAGAUUUGUGGUGUACCAGUUUUCCUCAAAUUAGAGGAGGUCAAGUCUGUGUUACCAGGAUGUGGAUUUAAAAGAAAAAGAUGUCCUUCCGUGAAGGCAGGUUGUUUAGGACUUCUCAUUAGCAAUGGUAGGAGUUAUGCCCACUUGGCUGCAGUUUCUUAGUUGGGUUUUAGAAGGCACCGGAUUGUUCAGGCCGGGGAGAUGUGCUAUGUUUGAUAUGACUUUGAGAGAAGUUAGUUUCUAAGAGUAACUAAUGUUUUUGUACUUGUGGUUUGUAGUGAUGAUAGGGAUCAGCUUUUGGUAGUCUACAUUGGGCCACUUUGAUGUCUUCAUUUGAGUUUGAUAAAGGAGAGAUUAGCCAGAAUCGAGUUGAAUGAUCGGGUUAACUUAGGUGUCUGGUUCUUGCAUGCGUGAGAUUUGUUGUUGAAUUUUUUACGCCCUCGAUGAGGAGACAAGUUUGCAAAUUGCAGUGGAAUGUGCUUAUUUGAUAGAAAA